GAGGAAAGGAGGAGCGACUGUAGACCUGAUAUUUCCAGCGGGGGACUCAACUGCCACGUCCGUCGUCGCUGACCAUUUCCGUUGUGACUGUCGCUAGUGCGGUACUGUUAUCGCCGCCGUCCCCGAUAAUCGCCGAAGUCUCAGGCAGAGUGAAAAUUUUUCAAGCUCUGGAAUAACAAUGGGCGACGGUACCAUCAGAAUCGAGGACUACAUUUCGCUCAACGAGUUCAGGGCGGAAAUCGAUGUGGAAAGUAAAGAGAAAGGCGAAGCAGAAAGGAACUUUUCUCUAUGUUUUUGGCUGUAUAUCGUGAAGAACUCAAUCCCGGCUGGUUCGUCUCCGGCUCCGAUAAUCUAUCAGGUUGGUUCACAUGAUGGGAGUGUGGCCCCUUUUCUUAUCCUGAACGAAAGGAAGAUAAUGAUGUUACUACCACUGUGUCUUUUACCAACGAAAAACUGUCCUUCCGGUUCUGAUUCUGUUUCAUCGCUUGAGACGCCUCAUGCACCAAUGGUAGAUGACUUUCCAUUAGAGAAGUGGAUUCAUGUUGGAUGUGAGGUUACUGCUAAUGCUAUGCGUCUUCAUAUAAAUGGGGAAGUUCUCGUGGAGCUCCCUUUGCCAUUGCCAUCCAAGGAACAAUGUGCUUCUGACGGUAUGAAGAAGAUAAUGUUGGCUGGUCCUAAUGGAGAUGGUGGUUUGCAAGGUUAUGUGUACAAUGUGCAUGUCUCGAACUUGAGUUCAUCCAUUAGGGACUGCUAUUUUAAGGUCCUUAUUGAUCGUGCUAAUUAUAUAUCUGUAAAAUUCGUUAUUCCUGCAAAUUGAUAUUAUCUUACAUAGAGCAUGUGUCUGGGAGUGUAUGCAGGAUCCACCUCUUCAGUUAUCUAUUGAUAACUCAUCUACCAUCGAGAUUGAAGAAGAUAAUGAUGGUGUCUGGAGUAUUGUCAGUGGGAAGGCUUCUUGUCGCAGGAUCUUUUGUUUGGAUGUUGUUCUGUUAAAUGCAAUUAACCAGUCAAUUAACAAGGAAACAGAGGUUACUGCUUCACUAUUAUAUGCUGAUAAUGGGCGACCUGUGGAGAAGACAUCCGAUGAUGAACCUCCUCUUUUGGCAAGUUAUGAGGGCUUCGAAUUUCCUUCUUGUGAUAGACCAAGUAAACUAAUGAAUGGUCGAACCUCAUUCAAGCUCAAAAUUUCUCAGGUGCUCUCGUCCAAGUGUGAAAAUAGGCUGUUUCUCAUCAAGUUUGAGCUAUCAAAUUACAAGGGGUAUCAUUUUCUCGAGGCAUUUUCUCAUCCUAUUCGUUGCAUAUCGCGUGGCCGGAAUCCUCGUACAUCAUCUGUCAUAUUGAAAAGACCGACUUCUGUUCAAUAUUCCUUGAGUGGGUGCCAAUCAUUUGCAUCAGACAGUGGAUCUCCUGAAUUGCAGCACAGCUCUAUUCAGGUUACCCCGUCUUCAAAGCGAUUUAAAUUGGUUCAGGGGCAGGCAUCUCCAGCGGGGCAAUUGGAAGAUGAUUGUCAUUCUCAAGCUUUGGCUAGUAAGGAACUUGAGGAAGCAGGGAACUCAUCAUCUUCUUCAGAGAGCACAGAAGAAAAAAUGUCGAGUUUCAAUACUGUGUCAAGGAAUCGAUAUUCCAUCCCAGAUUCUAUGAUUUUCAGGUACUGCCUUGGAAGCUUAACUGAUUGUGCCCUACUGCUGAAGGAGGUCUCAACCGCAGCCUCUGAUGAAGAGCUUUCGAGAUUUGCAGAUGAGGUCUGUCUUUACUCAGGAUGUGCCCAUCACAGGAAUCAAAUAAUUAUGGGCAGGAGGUUAAUAGAGGAAGGGACAAGAGUAUGGAACUCAAUCACUCAACACAGCCAUCUUGCCCAGUGGGAGAAUAUCACUUUUGAUAUUGAAGAGCGAUUCAUGAAGAUUGCAUCGUGCAGUACUAGAUCUCUCACUGAACAGGACUACGAUAUACUCAGGAAAAUCUCCGGAUGCCAAGAGCACUUUGCUCAAGAAAACUUUGAGAAGAUGUGGUGCUGGCUAUUCCCUAUUGCUUGUACACUAUCCAGAAGCUGGGUAAACUCAUUGUGGAAGUCCACAUCGCCCAAGUGGAUCGAAGGAUUUAUCACCAAGGAAGAAGUGGAAUUUUCACUUCGAGGUGCUGAGCCUGGCACGUUUCUACUACGGUUUCCUAUUUCAAGGAGCUGGCCUCAUCCUGAUGCUGGUAGCUUGGUGGUGUCAUAUGUUGGAAGCGAUUACUUGAUUCAUCACCGGCAGCUUUCAUCUGAGUACAUCAACAGCUUUGGGGAAGGGCAAGUAGACGUGAAGCAAGUGCAGGAGAUGCUAUUCGCAGAGCCAGAACUGAGUCGAUUGGGAAGGCAGGAUCGUACGAAGUUAGAAGAAAAUGCUGGUCUUUCGACGGCCCUUUUAGUUCUCUUGUAGAUAUAACUAACUAAGCUAACUAUGCCGGUAACCUCAUUAGUCGUCACCUGUUUCUUAUCUUCUUCUUAGGGUCAGCGAUAAAUCAGAUACAGAAGGUUUUUCAGAUAGAUGUAUUAACCAAAGUUGAAUGUAUUUUGACUAUUUUCCAAUCAAGAUAGGUAGUAAAAUGUUGGAUUUAUGGUUCAUUGAGCCAAAAUAAGGCUACAGUUCAUGGAUUCGGCCUGAGGCUAUUACUCAACGAUGAUUAAGUCCAUUAAGUGCCGAUUUGGGGGAAUUUAUUCC